CUUCGUGGGGGUGGAUCGCCAUGAUAAGCAAGCUGGGGCUAUCGAUAAGACCGAGCUUGGGGAUAAGGUAAGGUAAGGUAAGGUAGGUACCUCAGGUACGUAUCGUUCGCCCCGGAAUAUCUUGAAAGGGGUCCACACUCGGGCCACAAGGACCUGAAGCUCCGGCCGUUAAGAUUGGCCAAUCGGGGGAUGGAGAAGUUAAGGCGGCGUGUCUUCAAUCCACUCCUGGCGAAUGUGUGGCAGUCUGGUGGCCCCUCCCUGCAGCUGUCUUCCUUGUUUGCCAGCCAGCAGCUGUGUUGUUCCCCUCCAGUCCGACCAAUUGACCGCCCACCUUCACGACUUUACCAUCACCCUCAUCACCGUAUUCUCGCCUCGCCCUUCUCAAAACAGACACAAUGCAGGGUCUCCUUCUUUCUCUCGGCCUUCUGGCCUCCAGCGCCGUCAGCUUCGUUGCUGCUGCUGACCUGAAGAUCGACGUCACGCAGGAGGUCGAGUGCGACCGCAAGACCAAGAAUGGCGACAAGCUCACCAUGCACUACCGCGGUACUCUGCAGGCCGAUGGCAAGCAAUUCGAUGCCAGCUACGACCGCGGAACCCCCUUCAGCUUCAAGAUUGGCAGUGGCCAGGUCAUCAAGGGAUGGGAGCAAGGACUUCUUGACAUGUGCAUUGGCGAGAAGAGAACCCUGACCAUCCCCCCGGAGCUUGGAUACGGACCCCGCGGCAUGGGCCCCAUUCCCGGCGGCUCGACUCUUGUCUUCGAGACUGAGCUCGUCGGCAUUGACGGUGUUCCCAAGCCCGAGAAGAUCAUUGUCAAGGCCUCCUCGGCUGCCAGCGAGGCUGUCGAGUCUGCGACUGAGGGCAUUGCCGAGAAGGUCGCUAGCAAGGUCGCUGAGGCGGCCGAUGUUGUCAAGACCAUUGUCGCCGACUCUGACGCCGAUGGCCAGGAGCACAACGAGCUCUAAAUUAGCCCUCCCCGACAUGGUUCUAUACAAGUAGACUUGCAUCUGGUAGAGAAAAGGCAAUAAGGUCCAAUUGGUGUCUAUGCGUGAAUCAUCAUUUGCUCUGCAAAAGCAUUCACUGGCGAAUUUGGAUUCGACGAGAUAUAUACGACGCGUCACGAAACUAUUAUGAUUUUAGGCGAGCAAUUGAAUGCCAAUCAGCAUCGUUUUAUCGAUUGAUAUCGCAAAACAUGC